GUUGAAAAAGAUCUCGUUCUGCUCUGUGAUUCCAACUUCUUGAUCUUUACUUUCUCACAACAACUUCUUUUUUUGUAAGCCACAUACAACUCAAGGUAAGACAACAUCGCCCUUCUACCUCCAGUUAUCCUUUGUACCCACGAUCAAAAGCUUCAUUUCUUCUCUUGAUCAAUGUGAAUCAACAGAGAAAUAAGCUAUAAACUGAAGCUCAGAUUUGGUGACUUUCACCCCACCAUAAUCAUCUCUGGCCAUAUUUUCUUCGUUCCAUCUUUCCACCAUCAACAAACGCUGCAUAAAUACUAACCCAGAGUGUAUAGAACAUCACCAGAUAAUCAAGAAAGAUAAGGUACGAUUCGAGCUCUUUUCAUCAUUCAUACAAAUUGAUCUACAAGCUUAGAUAGAUACUAAUGAUAGCUCCUCGACAGAAAGUCAAUAUGGCUAUCACUAAGAUCCACGCUCGUUCCGUCUACGAUUCUCGUGGAAACCCAACUGUCGAGGUUGACGUUGUCACUGAGACUGGUCUCCACCGUGCCAUUGUCCCGUCUGGUGCUUCCACUGGUACGUACAUCGUCCCGAAUACUAGGAUAUCAUAAGGUUGACAGGAAUGUCACUUCAGGUCAACACGAGGCUGUUGAGCUUCGUGACGGAGACAAGGGCAAGUGGGACGGAAAGGGUGUUACCAAGGCUGUUGCAAACGUCAAUGAUAUCAUUGGCCCAGCUCUUAUCAAGGAGAACAUUGAUGUUAAGGAUCAAUCCAAGAUCGAUGAGUUCUUGAACAGCCUUGAUGGUACACCAAACAAGGGAAAGUUGGGUGCCAACGCCAUCCUCGGUGUCUCUUUGGCUGUCGCCAAGGCCGGAGCUGCUGAGAAGGUCAGUGACGACUCAUUUUCAUCAUCAUUUGCAUGCCUAAUAAUUCAUAGGGUAUUCCACUCUACGCUCACGUUUCCGAUCUUGCCGGAACCAAGAAGCCUUACGUUCUCCCAGUCCCAUUCAUGAACGUUCUUAACGGAGGGUAAGCAUCAUGUCGUGUCUAAGAUCAUCGAUUGGCAGCUAAUAGCGCAUAGUUCCCACGCUGGUGGACGUUUGGCCUUCCAAGAGUUCAUGAUCGUACCUUCGUAAGUUACCAUUAACAAAAUCCACAUCCAAUUCUGAUGCUAAUGUAUAACUCGUAGCGCUGCCCCAUCUUUCACUGAGGCUCUUAGACACGGUGCUGAGGUUUACCAAAAGCUCAAGUCUCUUGCCAAGAAGAAGUACGGUCAAUCCGCCGGUAACGUCGGUGACGAAGGUGGUGUUGCACCAGAUAUUCAAACCGCCGAGGAGGCUCUUGAGCUCAUCACUGAGGCUAUCGAGGCUGCUGGUUACACCGGAAAGAUGAACAUCGCUAUGGAUGUUGCCUCCAGCGAGUUCUACAAGGAGGAUGCCAAGAAGUACGAUUUGGACUUCAAGAACCCAGAGAGUGACCCAACCAAGUGGAUCACAUACACCGAGCUCGCCGAUCAAUACAAGACCCUUGCCAAGAAAUACCCGAUCGUCAGCAUUGAAGAUCCAUUCGCUGAGGAUGAUUGGGAGGCCUGGAGCUACUUCUACAAGUCUUCCGACUUCCAAAUUGUCGGUGAUGACUUGACUGUCACCAACCCAAUCAGAAUCAAGAAGGCCAUCGAACUCAAGUCUUGCAAUGCUCUUUUGUUGAAGGUCAACCAAAUCGGUACUCUUACUGAGUCUAUCCAAGCUGCCAAGGACUCCUUCGCCGCUGGAUGGGGUGUCAUGGUUUCUCACCGUUCCGGAGAGACUGAGGAUGUCACCAUUGCCGAUAUCGUCGUUGGUCUCCGUGCUGGCCAAAUCAAGACUGGUGCCCCAGCUAGAUCUGAGCGUUUGGCCAAGUUGAACCAAAUCUUAAGAAUCGAGGAGGAGCUCGGUGACAAGGCUGUUUAUGCUGGAGAGAACUUCAGAACUGCUGUCAAUUUGUAAAAGAUUUUAGGAUACUGCGCCAAAAGUAAAGCUGGGUAGGUAACUGUGUUAGGCGGAAUGAGCGAUGCCAUAGCAUGACGUUAAUGAUGAAUGAUAUCACAAAAUGAAGAACAAUUUGAUCA